AGUUCUGAAGAACAUGCAACAGGAACAGAGUUCCCAAAAAACUGAUUUUGUGUCUCUCAAGUCGAUGGUCGACGAAUUGUAUUACGUUGAGCCUGAGGGUUACGAUGAAAGCCAGGGUGCAGACCCUGAGGUUUAUGAUGAAAAUAAUAAUGACAAUAAUGAUCAUGUUGGUGAUACUGAGGUUGCAGAACCUCCAGCUAAAAAACAAAAAACUGUUGACAAAGAGGGUGACAAUGUUUUUAAAGCUGCUGCUCAAGCUUAUAGGUCAAAAGAUAAUGUUGAUACAAGUGUAGAUGACACUUUAGCUGACACGGUUAAUGAAUUUUUCCGUGAGGGAAUAUCUGAUGAAAAAUACAAUGAACUGAUGAAAUCAGUAGCUAGACCAGAGAAUUGUGUUUCUCUUACAAGGACUAGAGUAAAUCAGCUCAUUUGGGAUUUACUCUCUCCUCAAACUAGAUCUUUUGAUUCGGUCAUACAACAACAUCAAGAGACUGUUGUUAAAGCAUCAUGUAACAUUACAAAAUUAUUAAAUAUGUUGUGCAAACUAAAAUCUGAAUUGGGUGACGACUGUCAACAAGAAAUGCAGUCUUGCAUAGAUUUGGGGAUUGAUUCCAUAGCUUUACUGUCACAAUAUAACAAGAUGACUAAUAUAAAAAGAAAGGAAUAUCAAAGAUUUGAUUUAAGUCCUGAAUAUCAUCAUUUAAGUUCACCCUCAAUUCCUUUCACUGACAUGCUUUAUGGUGACAAUGUCCAUCAAAAGUCGAAAGAAAUUCAAGACAUGAACAGACUUGGUCGAAAUUUAAAUAAUAAUAAUAAUGCAAGAGGUAGAGGAAAUGGUUUUUCUCGAGGAGGUAGUUUUGGUAGAGGACGAGGUUUUGGUAGAGGCCGUGCAGGGUCUCGUCGUGGUGGAUACAGAGGUGGUCGAGGCCGUGGUUACGGCGGUAGAGGCCAGUAUUCAAAUGAUCAAGGUGGUUCAAAAAACUUGAGAGGUGUUCCAAGUUUCCUGAGGAAGUAAAUUAUGCUAAACAGUAGAUGUCUACAGAAAGUUCAGAAAGACAGUGCAGAGGUUCUGAUGAUUGUACCAUUAUGGCCGACUCAGGCAUGGUAUCCAGUUUUACUAGAAAUGUUGAUAGACUUUCCAAAAAUGUUG